CUUCACAAACCAAAGGUGUUUUUAUUCCAGAGAGUUCCAUCAGGAUGACCAGUACUGCUCAAAUACUGUCCACGCUGAAGUCCAAACUGGAGGCCCUUGAGUGCCACUUCACCUGGGACCUUUAUGCCAGCAGGUCCCGGCUCUUCCACAUGAGGGAUGCACUGGAGGAUAUCGGCACUAAGGAGGGGUACAGCUGGCUGGGCCACAUCUACAACCUGCAGGGGUUCAUUCACCACCAGCUCGGCUUCAUCCAGGAGGCCCUGACGUUUUUCUGCAGGGCGACCGAGACCUUUCGCCAGAUCAGAAACACAGUCUCAGAUGAAGGUCCCUGGUUGGUGGUGAACUACGGGAAUCUGGCGUGGAUGCAUCACCUGCUGGGAGAACCAGCGCAAAGUCGGGACUAUCUGUCGAAGGUUCAUGACCUGAUUAGUGAGUACCCGUCUCCGUGCCAGGAUGAGCUCCACCCAGAAAUCUGUGCGGAGAAGGCCUGGACCUUGAUGAAGUUUGACAAAAACAAGCAAAUGCUGGCCACAGACUACUUCCAAAGAGCUGUCAGGAUGCAGCCAGACACGGUGGAGUGGCAGACGAAUCGCGCAUUAGCGCUACUCAAUGCUUCCAGACACCACACAGAAAACCUGGGCCCAAACAUUUUGGAGAAAAUGAAAAUCGCCAAAGAACAUGACCCAGAUAACUUGCACUUAGCGGCUCUAUACCUGGACGCGUGUCCUGGGAGAGGAAUAAAAAUGCAGGAUGAAGUACGAGAAUUGGCAAGAAAGGUUUUGAGAAAGCCAGUCAGUAGUUACAGCGGCAUUGAACCGUUACUGCGGCUCUACAGGAGACACUUAUCAAUGGAUGAAGCCAUUGAUUUAGCCGAGGAGGCCCUGGAGAGACAUCCAGAAGCACGAUACAUAAAGAAAUGUGCUGUAGUCUGUUACAGAAUGAAGAUCUUUGCACAGAGUAACAAUCCUGAUCGCAGCAUGAUCGACAGAGCGGUCAGUCUCUGUGAGGAGGUGAUCACUCUUUAUCCUUACUCUUCACUUAAAAUGCAUAUAACUCUUGCAGAAAUAUAUUCAAAGUUGAACCAAGCUAAAGCGGACCUGAUAUUCGAGGAACUGUUGAAAACUGAUCUGGAUCCCGAAGGGGCUCAGAUGCUCUACAGCUGCUACGCAAAACACGUUGGUCAAAAGGACAUGCACAAGUCUCUAGAGUACCACAUGAAGGCAGCAGCAAUACCAACGGAGUCCUUCUACCGCAAGGACAGCAUCAGGAACAUACGGAAGAUCAGGGACAGGAGCAGUGACCGUCUGUGUGGGGAAAUUGAAGAGUUUCUGGAUAAAGUGCUUCAGUGAGACUUUACCUCUCUGGUACAAGACCAGGGCUGCGUCCGAAAUCCCACACUUCCACCCUAAUGAGUAGCAAAAACAGUAUGUGAGAUCUUUUAGUGCGUCCGAAACAUUAGAACGUACUCAAUAGUAUGCACUAUCCAUACUGAUUCUGGAGAAAUGUAUUAGUAUGGAUUGAUGGACACUAGCGAAGCAGAAACUUCCCACAAUGCAAUUCAGCGGCGUUUGGUUGCUAAGUGAUACGUACUGUAUAUGUCAUAAGUAUAAUAUUAAGUAUAAUAAUAUUAUUAUAUAAUAUUCGUAUAUAAUAAUAUUAUAUAAUGUCCUCUUGUUUCGGCCAGAAUAAACGGGAAAUAGCGGAGCUUCUACUGCUGCUGUAACACGUCACUUCCUCCCAACGGCAGGAAGUGCCGUGUGGCUCUGAGUAGUACGUCUGAAUUAAUGCACACUACUGAUAUUUACUCAAAAGUGUGCAGAACUUAAGUAUACUUUUUAGUAUAUAGUGUUUAGUAUGGCAUUUCGGACGCACCGCAUGUCUAAAUUUCUAUAUCAUGUUGGUGUUUGUGACCUAAAAAUGUCAGGGUUUGACAUUUCCUGUUUUAUUUUGAAGCCCAUUUGUGUUUAAGUUCUAGUUUGACGUACCUGUUUUCCAUCUGUCCUGAUUGUCGUUAAUAAAUUAUAUAUAUAUAUAUAUAUAUAUAUAUAUAUAUAUAUAUAUAUAUAUAUAUAUAUAUAUAUAGUCUUUCUGUUUCUGUUUUUGUUCUGUUUCCUACUGUUUCCUCCCUCCAUGUUUUCCUCGUCAGGUUUUUGUAGUCACGUUCAUGUUCUGAUUUUGUAUCCU